UACAUCCUCACUCAAAUAAUUUUUCACAAACCCAUUAAAUCUCUUUUCAAAACCUCAAGUGUCAACAACACUAGUAGCUCAAAUAUCCAUGGAAUUAGGGUUUGUCAAGAGAGUUUGAGUCCAAGGUAAGAUAAUAAAGUUGAGAAUUUUACUACUAUAUCCAAACUCUCAAUAUUCCUUUGAGCUUUUAGCUUGUGAUUAAGUUUUAUCUUAUCUUAGUGAAAAGAGGACCAUUUUUUUAGUGAUUGAUUGAUUGGUAUGGUGAAAUCAAAUCCAAUAGCCAAAGACAAAAGAAGAAAAAACGGUCCCUUAUUCUCAAAACAGCCACUGGCCAAAAAACCCAGAUCACUAUUUGCUUUUUCUUCGUUAUCCUGUUGAGAAACAAAGUUGGAUUCUCUUACAAUGUCCUUUUUUUUGGUCUAGCUGGAAUCUUUACGACAUUUCUGUGACCCCAAACAAGCCACAAAAUCAACACCUCCAAACUGUUCGACGAAAAACCUCAAUCCGUUUCUUUUCUUUUAUUUUCUUUAAACCAUGUCUCGUCCUACUAUUAUGACCGUACAUCGCCGGCUUCUCGACGCGGCGCUCACAGUUCCGACGCCGGCCACUUCUUCGGCAUAUAACGGGAACAGAACCCGUGAUUCCUUCAUCAGCGAAUCGAAUUUCGACACCAACAUGGUGAUCAUCUUGGCUGCGCUGCUCUGCGCGCUGAUAUGUGCUCUCGGGCUGAACUCCAUCGUCCGCUGCGCACUUCGUUGCAGCCAGCGUUUCGCGACGGAAACGCCGGAGCAGGCUGCAGCGAGGCUGUCCAGAACUGGGUUGAAGAAGAGCCGGCUCCGGCAGAUCCCGGUGGCUGUGUACGGCUCCGGGACGGAGAUUCCGGCCACCGAAUGCCCGAUCUGUUUAGGGGAGUUCAAGGACGGUGAGAAAGUUCGAGUGUUACCCAAGUGCAACCAUGGCUUCCACGUGAGGUGUAUCGAUACUUGGCUGUUGUCUCACUCAUCGUGCCCAAACUGUCGACACUCAUUGUUGGAACAGAAGCAAACGACGUCGUCGGUUCCCGAUUCCACUCCAGAAGAAGUAAACGAAAGAGAAGACGAAUCCCCGGGAAAUGAAAGCCAAGGCUGCCCCGAUAAUAGAAGAGAUGAAGGUUCAGCGGAAAAUGGAAGAGAAGAAAGUUCGCCGGUAAAUGGAAGAAAAGAGUCACCUGCAAAUGGGUCCGGCCGGGAAGACAGCGUAGUCAUAACAGUCCAUGAGACAAGUUAAGCAGUUUCCGCCAUUUUCUGGCUUCUUCGUAUUCUAGCUUAGCUUUAGUUAUUAGCAAAUGUUUGAGUUUUUUCUUCUUUUACUUUUUUUUUCUUUAAAAAAAUCAUAUAAAGGAUAGGGCAUAUCAUGCUCAUGAUCAUUCAUGUAAUAAUCUUUUUUUUUCUUUUUAAGAUUUUAGAAAAUGGAAUGAAUUUGAAUCGGAAGGAAGAAGAAAUUCAGUAGAGAAAUCUAGUAUGUUGAAUUAAUUUAUGUAAUUAAAUUUAAAUUUGAAUGGAAGUGAUAGUUUUGUGGA